UUCUACAUUCAUAUACAUAUAUAUGUAUAUAAUUAGGAUAAAAAUUCAGGUGUAAUAAUUAAUCACGAUGACUCAGGCAGGUAGCGUGGGUCCAGUGCCAGCCCACCAAUCACAGCGCCCCUAGCGGGCACACGCAGAUAAGACUGGUUGGUCUCUCGCUCUUAUCGCAGCGAUCGAGGUCAACCCAUCUUCUCUCUUCAUCGCGUCUCAUCGCGUCUCAUCAGGUUCCUCAGACAAAGAACGCCUCCUUCGACUGUAUUCUUCUGCGCUUAGAAUAGCAAUUGAACUCGCCGCGCCAUGGCCAUCCACCCGACUGUCCCGCGAGAUCCCUCCCGGGUAACCUCGCUGACCGGCCAGCGGGCUCUCGACAUCUCGGCCUGGACAGAAGAGACCGCAGCCUCUCUCGAAUCUCUGGACAUUUCCGAUUCCACCGCCGAAAUCCAUAUCUCGCUUGAUCCACCGAGUAGCAGUGCUCUUCGCGGCACGUCCACUCCAUUGUCGAUUCCUCUCGACGACCCGAUCGCGACCAAAGCCGAGAACUCGCCUCCACGCGUGAAAAUCAUCGGCAAGCCGCAGGAAGAGAACGACUCGUCCACGUACCAUCGUCGCGAACCGAUUCGGCGAGAUAGCUUGAAAAGGCGCGAGAGCUUGUUGAAGGGGAAAGAGGGCAGUCGGCGUAGACAACGCUGGGAGAAUGAUCGGCUCCUGACGAAUCCCUGGGCCCAACCCCCGGCGCCGAGUGACUGGUUCGUUCAGCCCACGCAUACCCGGCAUGAUCCUCUUCCGUACUACCUGGCUCCGCUGUGGGAUACACAUUUUGCGUACAAAGAAGACAGCAAGUCAUCCAGCCACACGAAAGGAGACAAGAACAACGGCGAUGAGAAGAGUCGAGUAUCAAAGGAAGUCCGACAGAGCCUCAAACACGCCCGUGCGGCACGGGGGAUGCUGCAAGAUUUAGAAGAGGAUAUCCGGCAGUUUCUCGAGAAAUGGAACGAACGACAGCUGCAGCUGCGCGAGGGAAGUCCUGCAACCGAAUCGGAUUUCGAAGACUCGGAUGAGGAGAUUGUAUUCGUUGGUCGCAACGGCCAGAUGUAUGAUGCCCCCACCCGCAAAGUCCCGUCUCAGCGUCUGGACGAGGGUGAGGAGGAUGGAGAGAAAAUGGUAUUUGAGAGUCUAGCGCACGAUCGAGGAGCUGUGUUCGGACGCUGGCUCGUGCAUUCAAUUGCUACCUACUACGGCCUGUAUACCUGGUCCGUUACCGCCGGCAACCCUGCUCGUCGAAAGGCAUACGUCGGGCUGCAUCCUCCCUCGACCAAAGAGCAGAUCUCUUUCCCAUCGGGACAACCCGUGGCGUGCGGGGCGUCGCUGAGUAUCAAACCUGGGGAGCCUCUUCCAAAACCUCUUUGGGGGCAAGUAUGACCAAGUAUAGAACUAUCAUCUACACAUUUUGGUAUAUUCGUCACUGGCAGCAAUAGAUAGACGUAAUACAUAGCAUUGCUCAUUUCAUAUACAUGUGAUAGGUCUAAGCCAGAUUUAACAUGCUGUAUAUGUCAGACUCGCCGAGCUGCGGCGGAAGAUGCCGACGAGACAACGAUCUCAACACGAGCUCACUCGCAUUAUUCAGUAUUCACCGAGAUGCGUGAUGCCAUGCGGUGCUCCAGAUCAUGCAGAAUCAGAUGGUUCGAGAGCGCCCAGACAUUAAUACAAUAAACUUGAAACUAAUAUAAU